AUGAUGGGUAGCUAUCCCGAUGCCUGCCCUGCUCUGAGGUAUGCCGAUAUGCUGAUUUGGGAUCCGGUGCAGCUGGGACGCCUGACUCACUACGCUUUUGACGCUGUGCUCCCUAAUCUGUCACCCCGCGCCCUGGUCCGGGUCGCGUGGGGUUCUCACAGCCCCAGUCUCGACACUGACAAGAUCACCGAGAACAAAGACUUCAAGAAAUGGAUCGAUAACUAUCUCGGUGUCGGCGAGUGGGUCAUGGAUCAGUCGGUUGCUGUGCUGUCGUCCACGAGUUUCUUCGAACGCAAGCGGUGA